AAUAUUCACCGUGUCUUCGGCAUAGCGAGUUGAAGAAGCUCAAUCGUCACUGUCAUUAUCACAGGCUCAUUCCAACGGCCCCAGCAACCUGGUACCGUGUCCCAGACUGCACCCAGGAUCUGUACUCUCGCGUUUCCACUGGCUCACUGCAUCCGCUAUUUCGUCUGAUCCAAGGCUACACGAGUUCACAGUGGUGAUCGGAUUUGCCGACUCUGGGCCAUUAAGAAGAUGUUCACGGGGGAUUCAAACUACCGUGAGUCGUCGUCCAAAACGCCUACUGCUUCUUCGUCGGUGGGAAGCUCCGCCUCUUCUACUAGACGUCAAUCGGACGCUGGAUCCGAAAAAAGCGGACAUUCUGAAACGUCUGCUCUGGGGCGUGGUGAGAGGCCACAGAGCUACUUCUGGACGGUGACCACCAUCUUGAUCAUUUUCAUGCUCCUCGGCGUCAUUGUGGUUCUUCUAGUUAACCGUGGUCGUGCCAACGCGGGAGCUUUGGUGGCGGGCGCCGCCGGCUAUGACGGUCGUUGUGACAACACCACCCGACCAGCACGUUUCGUGCACACGACAUCGGGCAAAAGGAAGCCCCGCACUAGGCGCGUGCCGCGCACGUCGGCCCGCACCGCCCCCUGGUGCGACGAAGUGGGACGCCACUCGACCGUCCGGAGGCGCUGCCGAACCAGGCCCGGACGCAGCACGCAACCCAUGACGACCUCUACUCAUUCUGUGACGUCGUCUGCGGCUAUGACGACGACUGCGGCUAUGAGGCCGACUGCGGCUAUGAGGCCGACUGCGGCUAUGAGGCCGACUGCGGCUAUGAGGACGACUGCGGCGGCAGAACCGAGUUCUGAGACGAGCAAGCGACCAGAACCAGUGAGGCCCCGGAGGAGGCCCACACGGCAUGUUUCCAACACGACGACUGGCGGUCGAAGAAGAAGCACUAGCCACGCUACUACCACGACUAGGAUGCCCCUGUUGUGCACCGUGGGCAGCAAGGGCGUCGCGUUCAGCACGUUCCCUCCGGCGGGGUUGUGCAGCUACGUGUUCUUCACGCACGUGCUGGUCUCGGACGGUGCCCUGCACGCCUCCGACGGCCCUGGCGCCUGGUCGGACUUUGUACGCACCAUGAAAGAGGAGGGGUUCGCGGACUACCCGGCUGGCAUCUCCUUCGACAUGCUGUACGCCUAUAAUACGACCUUCCUGGACAGUCCUAUGGUACGCAAGGAACUCAGAGACCUGGCCACUGGCACCAGCAUCAAACACUACGGCAUCCUGAAUGUCAUGACACGUGCCGCCUAUCUGCACUACCUGGUUACAGCGGUAAAAAGUGCAAUUCCGAAAAUGAGGGAGCUGCAGGGAGGAGACCGGAGCCGGCACAUCGUGAUGGCAGCGGGCGUAUCUACCUUCACUGAGGCUACUGCCUGGUCCACCUAUGAGACCCAGUUCAAGGUGCUUGCCGGGCUUGACGUAGACAUCCUGAUAAGCAUAAGCAGCGUGAACACUAUGGAGUUGGACACGAUCUGCUAUGCGGCGCCACCGGCCGUCUGGAACUCAAGAAACUCUCUCUUCCUCGGCUUCGAGAAACACUCCACGCUGCUGCUCACUUCGGAGUCCUACCUACGGACGCAGCUCUACGUGGGCCUCUCGUUUGAGAUGGGAGUCACCAUGUACAAGCUCAAGAAUGCAACUACACUCCCAGAGAAGGCGCUGUACGCACCGUGCACUGACUUCGCUCUCGUUGGGUACGAGCAGGUGUGUGACCCACACGUGAAGCUCACGAAAAUGGAGGACCUUCCCGUACACUUUGGAGCCACUUCAACAUCCGUCUUCUUCUACGAUACCUGGGAGACAAUGAAGAAAAAGGUGGACCGAGUGAUGAGUCGCCCCCUGCGCCGCAAGAUCGCUUGGCUCCUGUUCGACACGCACCUCUCUGACUCCACCUGGGAAUGCAGCGGAAGCUUCGAACGGGAGCAGAAGCUGCGAGAGUACCUGGACACGUUUGCCUGAAGCCAUUGUGGCCAUCCACGCUGUGCAAGUGCACGCACAACCUUGCGUAAAUAACAGAGGAAACCAA